GUCUGAUGUCACUAGGAAGCGCCGAACUCUAGUUUCCAAAGUUUUGUGAGGAGCUAUGGACAGCUGAUGAACAAAAGUUAAUUACUGUCCUAUCAACCGGCUAUAUAACAGAUGGAUGACAUUAACCUACACCACAGGUACCUGAAUUGGAGGCGUCGAAUCCGGGAGAUGGGGGAAGCACGCCCAGCGCAGGAGCGAUGCAUGAGGUUGCUGAAGGAUGGAGACAUUCUCAGUUACCAAGGGAACUCUGACGAAGUGGGUUGCUAUGUGGCUCCCCAUCCUUUAUCAAAGGGAAAUUGCUACUUUGAGGUGACAAUAGUGGACACAGGGGUGAGGGGGACCAUUGCUGUGGGACUGGUCCCUAAAUUCUACAGGCUGGACCACCAGCCUGGCUGGUUACCGUUCUCUGUAGCUUACCACGCUGACAACGGAAAGUUAUACAAUGGCAACCCUGUUGGGCAGCAGUUUGGACCUAAAUGUGCUCGAGGUGACCGCAUAGGCUGUGGAAUACACUCAGAAAAUAUUGAAGGCUUUACAACAGUCUUUUUCACCAAAAAUGGCAAAGAGGUGGGUUCAGUGGAGGUGCCCAUGGCGGCGGAGGGCCUGUUCCCAGCUGUAGGGAUGCACUCCCUGGGGGAGGAAGUGAGGGUGGACCUGCAGGCUGAGUGGUUCCUGGAGGAGGACGACAGUAUGAUGAUGGUGGACAGCCACGAAGAUGACUGGGGACGGCUCUACGAUGUCAGGGUCAGCGGCACGCUCCUGGAGUAUGUUGGCAAGGGGAAGAGCAUCAUGGACGUGGGUUUGGCCCAGGCCCGCCAGCCUCUCACUACCCGCUGCCACUACUAUGAAGUGGAGAUUGUUGAUGCCGGGGAGAAGUGCUACAUUGCCCUGGGCCUGGCAAGGAGGGACUACCCCAAAAACAGGCAUCCGGGUUGGAGCCGAGGAUCAGUGGCCUACCAUGCAGAUGACGGGAAGAUCUUUCAUGGCAGUGGGGUUGGAGAUGCUUUUGGCCCACGCUGCUUCAAAGGUGACAUCAUGGGCUGUGGUAUCAUGUUCCCACGAGACUACAUCCUGGAUGGUGAAGCCGACGUGGACGACUGGGAUCGGCUGGAGGUCCGUCCGAGGCAGGCAGGCAUCCAGAACGUUCUGUACCUGAACGAUGAAGAGGAGGAGGAGGAGGAAGGGGACGAGAUGGAGCGUGGACAGGAGGGCAGGAAGGUCACGGUGUUCUUCACCAGGAAUGGGAAGCUGAUGGGCCGCAGGGAGGUGGUGGUUCCACCCGGGGGUCUCUACCCCACCGUGGGCAUGCUGAGCAGCGGAGAGAAGGUCAAGGUGGAUUUGCAUCCCCUCAGUGGAUGAGCCGCCAGCGUGGACUUGGACAACGGACGCGCGAUGCCCUGCACCCGGCUCGCUGCCUGCCACGUAGACCCGACCCACAGUAGCAUCUUGCUAACGGCCCUGCUCACCAGAACAAGCUCAGUCGAACCAGGCAGCCCCCCCCCUCCCUCCCCUCCCUCCCCAGCCCUCACUGCACCCGUGCAUGUCGCUGUCGUCUUCCUCAACACUGCCCCGGCUUUCAUUUAUAAGACUUGUAAAUGUCACCGUCAUCGCGGCAAACACGAGCGGAUCGUCCUCCUGGUUGCACGAGCACCGCAAGAGCAAGAGUCCCGCAUGGGCUGUGUGGGGAUGGGCGCACGUUUUCGCCCACCGUACCCGGCAACCAGCAGCUCUCGGGAGGCACGCAGUCGGAUUAUUCUAUGCAAUCUUUAGUGCUAUCAUGCAUCAUCCAACUCAUCCAACCUCCUUUGUUCCCAGCCCCUGUGCAGCAUACAGUGCGUAUCUGAAACACUGAGCCCUUAAAUCCCUCUCAUGAGGUCUGGCACACUUAGUUUAUUUCAUUUGUCACGGCCCCAAGCAAAGCAAAGCAGGGCCAACAGUUGUGCCGAGUCAGAGAGCUUGUUGGCAGUUUAUGUUGCAGGGACUAGAGACGCCCCCCCCACUCCCUCUCUCUCUCACUCUCUCUCUCCCUCUCUCUCUCACUCACUCCCCCUCUCUCUCUCCCUCCCUUGCUUCCUCUCUCUCUCUCUCUGGGAGAGGGUGCCCUCCUGUGAGCGAUCAGUGACUGGAGGUGAACAAUGGGUCUAUUUCAAAUAUUUCAGAAAUACAUCCAUUCCUCUCCCCUUUUUUGUUUUUUAAGUAAUCCUUAAACUUUAAUAGGUAACAGCAAGUUUACAUAAACUGAUUUAUUGAUUCUUAAGGAUGGAUAGAUAGAUCGAUAGAUUUCUAAGCAUUCAUACGGUUUUGUUGUUUUCCAUAUCUGAUAUGUCUUAGUGGAGCCAAAUUAGUAGUGUGUACAAAUGAAAAUAUGGCAAAUGUACACCACAUUUGACAGUAUAUUUUCUACUUGGGUUAGAACAAAUAGGACCAUAUCUUCUACUCAUAGAGAUCAGGGAAUGUAUUUUCUUUGUACUAUUUAACUGCGAACAUGAAGAAGUGGCAUGUAAAGAGGCUGGAGAGAUAUUCAAGUCUUUCUCAGUGCAGGGAGAUUAAUUCAGUACAGGGUGUAGUGACUUACCCAAAGCACUGUGCACGUUUGCCCUCAUUGUGAAAGAUUAAUUUACAUCUUUAUUUUCCUCUGUGUUUUUUUUUUUUUUUUUUUUUAACCUGGUGAAAGUUGGAAUGAUGUGCCAUUUUGAGGUUCAUUCAAGAAAUCCCAAAAUCUAACAAAAUGAAGAUAGCCACUCUUUUUUUUUUUUUUUUUUUUAAAUCAACAUCAGUGAGAGGAUUUGCCCUCUCACUGAUGCCACGGUUGUGAUGUUGAAUUAACUGCUGGACAUUUUGUUGAAGAUUAAGAUAGAAGACAAUGACGUUUGCUUGCCGAUGUCUGCCGCAUGUGAAUAAGACACAAAAUACUGUCGCAUGUGUCACCCACAAGCACUUUAGUGGUGUGUGUCUGUGUGUGUGUGUGUGUGUGUGUGUGGUCUGUCUGCACAGCGUAAGAGCAGCAGCACCGGAGCUAUAGAGAGCAAUCUGUAUAAGGAGGCGAGUCGGUGUGUUCACAAAAAGGAAGUAGUUUGAUUGUCACAUUGUUUUGCAAAGGGGAACUGGUUUUCCACGCCAAAUGAUUCUGAUUUGGCAGCUACUGGGUUAUAUAAUCUGUUUUUACUUUAUUUCUCUUCACUGUCUUGUUAAAGGGAAUGUUAUUAUCUAUAUUAUACUGUAAGUAUCAGCUAAGUUGGUAAACAAAGCUUGUUUACUCUGUGUGCCUCUGUGGGCCAUCGAAGCAUCAGCAUCUCUGUAACCUAUACUAUGUACAUUCCUCUGAACCUUCAUAAAAGGUGCGUACAGCAGGUUUCUGUGGUGUUUAGGCCAACGGCAACAUUCAUACACUAGGAUACUGUAGACUCCUCGGCAGACAAUAAUGCUAGAAUCGUAACGUGACAUAGUAUUACUACACAGGGUUACUAAUAGAUCACACAUCUGCUGGAGAUUGUAUAAUCCUUCUAGUCCUUGUUGUGCGUUCAUUUUCGAGCCUCUGACUGAGACGGAGACCUCGGCAGGUCUACGGGACGUGCACAAAUUUAAGAGACUAAUGAAGAUGUAUUGUUUUCCUGCAGGGCUGGACUGAGACUUUAAUACAGGUUUUCAAAGCCUGAACAUAUCUAAGAUGUCACUCUACAAAAAAAACUGUUAGGACAGGUAGACAUUGUUUUGUUGUGUUGUGUUUUUUUUUUUUUUUUUUUUUUUACCUAAUUAGGCAUCCAUGUGACCAUUUCAGCCAUAUUUGUAAGUUCAGGGUAUUACAGGGAAGCCACUUACAAAAAACGUUUACUUGCAAUUUACAUCCACUCACAGAAAAAGUGUGGUGCAACCAAAUUAGAGCUAAAUCUGGUCCAAAUUUUUGUAGCUUGUCCAAUCUUACUCACACCAAGGACUGUUCCAGUAAUUUCUUGCCUUGUCGACUUGCACUAUAAUGGCCUCGGUCAGUACAUGUAUGAUGAUCAAUAAAGAUUUCUGUAACACAUAUGUAUAAUGAUCAAUAAAGAUUGCCAUAAUGCA